CAUACAACGUUCGAUUGUUAGAAAAAUAAAAAUCUCAGUCCAUUCUCGCAUCCGGAAUUUCCGUAUAACGAAGGCGAGAUGACGAUUGGUAUUGAGCUGCGAAAAGGGCAACGAGGAGGGCCGUCUUGUUUAUGUUUACGAAAGCUCUUUUCGCUUGUAAACAAAUCACAAAUCCUGGCUGCAAGGAAAUCGACAUCGAAAUCUAAAAGAAACAGAUUCACUGUUGCCCGCGAGUCUCAAUUUAUUUAUCAUUCAAGAAAAUAUCGAAAGUGUAGCAGCCAUGAAAUAACUGAAGAAUGGAUGAACCUGAAAAAACAACAAAGGCCCGAAUACAAGAAGAGUCAGGAUGGGAAUUUUUGGCAAGGAUUAGAAAAAGACCAUUGGUAGAAAAAUUGGACAGUCGAUUGUUCAAUGAUGGACCACAUGUUCAAGAGACCAUUGAGAUAACAGGAAAAUUGUCAAGCGGCAAGACUCUCCUGCUCAUGCAACUUGUAGCAAAAUGCAUUCUGCCUUCGGUCUACGAUGGAAUACAAAUUGAAGGACGUGGCAUAGCAGUUCUGCUAAUAAACACGGAUCAUCAUUUCCGUGUUACCAAACUCGUUCAAUUGAUGCAUUGCAUUGUUGCGAAAGCUUGUAAAAAUCAAGAAAUCCUAUGCUCUGGAACAACAAUAAGAGAAUUAUUGAUAAUUCCAUGUUUGAAAAAUCUCACGAUCGUUAACUGUUAUGACAAUAAUCAAUUCAAGGUUACACUCGCUAUUUUGGAUGAUAUUCUAAUGAAUAACCCGCAAAUAGGUCUCUUAGCUGUCGACAGUAUAUCUUCGUUUUAUUGGCAAGACCGUGAUAUCGGUGGAGUCUGGUUGAUUAAUCAAUAUCUCAGAAACGUUCUGAAAAUUCUUCAGCAAACAAUUUUUCAAUACAACAUUGUAUUGAUUUAUACGAGGCCAGAUGACUUUAGCUCGAAAACGAAUGACGCAAUUGAAAUAGCGGAGGAACCAAGCAUCGAGAAAAUAAACUAUAGAAUAGAUCUCGGAAAUGGCAGCUUUGGCGAAAUUGCAACUCCAGAGAAAAAGUUGGAAGUCACGUUUAAAAUUGGCGCGGAUGGUUUGAAGUGGAUCUCGGAAAAAUUAAUAAUAUAAAAGAUGCAGUACUUCAAUGGAAUAAAAAUGCUUUUUUUCCUCUUAAACCCUUGAAAUUUUCACCUGUUCAAGUGUUAUUCGUUAAUUCAAUUGAUAAAUUCAUUAAAAA